AUGACUCUGAAGCUUUUGCUUUGUCCUUGCUCUGUUAACAACUCCUGUGUCUGUCUCCCUGGCCUGUCCAGGAUAGUCCAGCUGGUGCUGGUGCUCAGGAGCUGGGCCAACAAGAGCCUGCAGGAGGAGCAGCAGAGGCCAGACCCCUUCCUGGAGCGUUUUCAAGGCCCCGAGCUCCUGACAGUGGCUGCAGGUGCUGGCGAUGAACUUGAGGAUGAGGAGGAUGAGAAGGUUAACAAAAGGAGGAAAUGGCAGUUCUUUGUGGUGGACCCUGCGGGGGACAGGUAUUACCACUGGCUGGCUGUGAUUGCAGUUCCUGUCCUCUAUAACUGGUGCUUGCUCGUAGCCAGGGCUUGCUUCACUGACCUGCAAAAGACCUAUUUUGUGCUGUGGCUGGUGUUGGAUUACAUCUCAGAUGCUCUCUACCUCGGGGACACAGUGAUCCGCCUGCACACAGGAUUCUUGGAACAGGGCCUCCUCGUUAAGGACCUGAAGAAGUUACGGGAUAACUACAUCCACACGCUCCAGUUCAAGCUGGAUGUUCUCUCCACCCUGCCCACAGACCUGGCCUAUUUUUUGGUGGGAUUGCACUGCCCCGAGCUGCGUUUUAACAGGCUGCUGCGCUUCUCCCGCAUGUUUGAGUUCUUCGAUAGGACCGAGACCAGAACCAGCCACCCCAACAUCUUCCGCAUCAGCAACUUGGUUCUUUACAUCCUGAUUAUCAUCCACUGGAAUGCCUGCAUUUACUAUGCCAUCUCCAAGGCCAUAGGCUUCGGGGAGGACAGCUGGGUCUAUCCCAAUGUCACAGACCCUGAGUACGGCUCUCUGACCCGGGAGUACAUCUACUGCCUUUACUGGUCUACGCUGACUCUGACCACCAUCGGGGAGACGCCUCCCCCCGUGCGGGAUGAAGAGUACCUCUUUGUGAUCUUCGAUUUCCUCAUCGGCGUCCUCAUCUUCGCCACCAUCGUGGGGAACGUGGGCUCCAUGAUAUCCAACAUGAACGCCACCAGGGCGGAGUUCCAGGCCAAAGUCGAUUCCAUCAAGCACUACAUGCAGUUCCGCAAGGUGAGCAAAGACCUGGAAACCAAAGUCAUCAAGUGGUUCGACUACCUGUGGACCAACAAGAAGGCAGUAGACGAACGGGAGGUCCUCAAGAACCUCCCUGAUAAGUUGAGGGCAGAGAUUGCCAUCAACGUUCACCUGGAGACACUGAAGAAGGUGAGGAUUUUCCAGAACUGCGAGGCAGGGCUGCUGGUGGAGCUGGUGCUGAAGCUUCGCCCUCAGGUGUUCAGCCCGGGGGAUUAUGUGUGCCGCAAAGGGGACAUCGGGAAGGAGAUGUACAUCAUCAAGGAGGGCAAGCUGGCCGUGGUGGCGGAUGAUGGGAUGACACAGUACGCUUUGCUCACUGCAGGGGGCUGCUUUGGUGAGAUCAGCAUCCUCAACAUCAAAGGGAGCAAAAUGGGCAACAGGCGCACAGCCAACAUCCGCAGCUUGGGCUACUCUGAUCUCUUCUGCCUGUCAAAGGAAGAUCUCAUGGAAGCAAUCACAGAGUACCCUGAUGCCAAAAGGAUCUUGGAGGAGCGUGGCAGGGAGAUCCUAAUCAAGGAAGGGCUGCUGGAUGAGUCAGCUGCAGAGGAAAGCACAGAAGGAAAGAGCGUGGAGGAGAGACUGGACAGGGUGGCCUCGAACCUGGACACGCUGCACACCCGCUUGGGCCGGCUCCUGACUGAGUACAACGAUGCCCAGAUGAAGCUCAAGCAGCGCAUCACUGCUCUGGAGUCCAAGAUGAGGCAGGAGGAAGUGGAGGAUUUCUUCUCUGAUAGCUCAGACAGUCUGUUUGAGGAUGAGGAGAAAGCUUCACCUGGUGGGAUGCAGUGAGGGGGAACAGAGUCAGCUGGAUGAUGUCUGACCUUGUGCUGAGGCAGUGUUUGCUGUUUCACAAGGCAGACCCUGUGGCUGCCUUGCCAGGUCCUUGGUGCUGCUGCUGGCACUGCCUUGAUGGCAGCCCCUGAGGUGGCUCCAAAUCAGGGGAUUGCCCUGGCUCCUCCUCUGACCUGUCACUUGUUUCAUUGCCUUUUGGGCCAGCCUUUGUAACUCACUUCAGGUAAUCAGUCCACACUGAGUGUCUGCAAAGACUGCCCAGUCUGCACCCAGAAACUCUUUACUCACAGUCCCCAAACUCAGCUAGAACAGGCCAAACUGUGCUUCUGGCAUCUGCAAAGGGAGAGGCUUGUCUGGGUCACUGUCACUGCCCUGAUCCCCACCCUUGCUGAGGCUGGGCACUGAGCUGCCAGGGUCUGCAUCCUCUGCCUCCUGCCUGCCUCUCUCUUCUGUUAUUUGGUGCUGUCAGGGGACACCUGGUGCAGGUGCUUUGGUGCCUUGAGCCCUGCACCCUCCUGGGAACAGCAUUCCCAAGGCUGUGGAAGCAGUGUGAUCCCCAUCUGGGUUGUGGAUGUCUUGGGUGACAAGGGCUGUGCAGGGCUGGCAGUGCUACAAAUCAGACAGAGAGAGUCUCUCUCCUCCAUCCAACGACAGCCAGAUGUGCCAGGAGAGGUUUGACUGGAAUGACGUUUCUAAGGAACAAAGCCAUGGUGGGAGCCAGCUGUGCCCGUAUUUGCUCUGCUGUGGGUAGCUCAGAGAGAGUGCAGAACACAUUUAUUUUCUUGGGCAGAGCGUUUUCUUGUACCCAGUGGGAGUUUUGGGGGUUUGCAGGCUGCAGAGGCCCCUGCCUUCUGGAGGAGAGAUGAGUGGCACAGCCACAGGGACAUGUGUGAGGGUGCAAACGUGGCCCCACUGCGAGUGCCAGCAAAGCUCUGCCAGUCUGUGCUGCAGCCCUGGUGGCUCCACGGUGUGAGCAGCUUGGUGGAGAGGGGAACAGUGCAGGAACAGCCCCCAAACCCCUGCAAGCAGCAGCAGUGCAAGCAGCAGUGUCACCCAUGCCUUGGGGUACAGGGCAGGUGCUGGGACUGGAGGAGGACUCCUCAUUUCUUGGUUCUGGGCCUGUGACCCCAGUGCACCUGUGAGGUGUUGGGCUGGUACCAAGCAGGAGAGUAUUUGGUGGAGGACGAAAUUCAUGUUCUCUGUCAACCUGAGCCAAGAGUUUGGCUGAAAUGAUGGGGGGAAAACAUUGGGAAAUAUCAACCCAGAAGGGUUCAUAGUGGAAAACUGAGGAUAUUGCCUUUGUUCUUUCUUUCUUUCCAAUCUAAAACUGCCUCUGCAUUUCAUAUGAAUGUUUUCCAUUCAAAAAUAAAGGCCUUGUUUUUGGGAUUGUGGGGGUAGGAGCGGUUACAUUACCAAAAUUAGUUGUUGGGGUAAGAAUAAAAGAUUUUUUGUCAUCUCUGAAUUAAACUGUA